AUGACGCCAAUAGCAGCCUACCUCAACACUGAGGAACUCCCAGAUAAUAGUAAUGAAGCUCGAAAAAUGAGGAGGAAAGCUGCGCGAUACAUCAUAGUAGAGGGAGUUAUGUAUAGGGGAGGAUUUUCCAUGCCAUUGCUUAGGUGUGUUACACAAGAAGAAGCUGUACGACUUUUGUCUGAAGUACAUGAUGGAUUUUGUGGCAACCAUGCUGCUAGACAUAGUUUUUCUAAGAAAAUCCUAAGACAAGGUUACUUCUGGCCGACGAUGACUGAAGAUUCCAAGGCCUAUAUAGUCUCGGACAAUGGCGAACAGUUUGACAGCCAAUCCUUUACUGAUUUCUGUACGAAUCAUGGUAUCAUCAAAAGUUUCUCCGCAGUGGCGCAUCCCCAAGAAAAUGAUCAAGUUGAACAACUCAGUAAGACAUUGAAGGAUACCUUAAAGAAGAGACUUGAGGACGCCAAAGGAAAUUGGUGGGAGGAACUUCCUGAAGUUCUAUGGUCGUACCGAACAAUUGAGAAAAUAGCAAUCGGACAGACUCCAUUUGCCAUGGCAUAUGGAUAUGAAGCUAUGCUGCCCGAGAACUCGAACCACCGUCCCACAAAAAAUUAA